AUGCAUGACUCAGCAAAGAAACAACUUGCUGAGCUCACGCCCGAAGUGCAAGCGUUUGCUAAAAACAAGACGGAAUACCUAUGGAAGAUUAAGUACCUUUUCGACUCCGAAACAUUGACAUCUUCUGCUGCGGGAGAGAUUACACUGGGCUUGAUUGAUGAGUUCAACGCUUUAUCUGGUGAUGCCAAGGAUUAUUUUCAGAAAGCGUUUCCUGCUUCCGUAGCAUUUCUUACAAGCAAGGAAACGGUGAAACGUCUGCAAGAACGCUAG